AUGCAGUCGACGGCAUCACCCACAACGCCGACAUCGACGACGACGUCCAUGUUCCACGACGCCCACGAUACGCUCGUCGUGCCAAACUCUGGAGAUGAUGAUGGAAUUGCGCAAGAACUCGCUCAACUCGAGGCGCUGCGCCAAAACGUCAAGAGAAACCUGAUGCUUCGGCCCAUCUCUACGCAGAACUUGCGCGAGGCUGCCUCAUCGUCUUCAAAGACUGCUGAAUUAUCUUCCACACGCCAGAUGCCAGGAGGUUAUCCAUUCACGCCCGCUGUCCACCCGGAGCCGCCCUCGAGCGCGGCCAGUACUGGGUCCGACGUGUUCUACAGCGCGAGACCACUCAGCUCGGCAUCCGUAUCCUCCUAUUACUUUGGAGAUCAGCAGAUGCAAGCGAUCGGAAGUCCCGCUUCUGCGACUUUUCUUCCUCCUGGUUCAUUCCCCAAGUCUCCGUUCGUUCAGAGCAUGGAAUCGUACCAACCCAUGCCUCCCGCGAUCCAAAAGCCACCACCACCGCAAUCGAACCGUACGCCGACUGUGCCCCAACCAUCAUCUCAGUCGAAUCAACCUCCGCAAGUAUACGAUGCAAAUCAGCUGCUGGACCUCCUCCUGCCGCUCAACUAUCCUUCCGCCUCGCAAAUGCCUCGUGCACUGCUUUUGGAUACCCGUCCAGCAGGUUCCUAUCUCGCUUCCCGAGUCAUUUAUUCCAUCAACCUUGCUAUUCCCUCUUUGAUCCUCAAGCGCCACCGAAAGUCCCUGCAAAAAGGCGGUGCUGGCUUUCCCUCUUUAGAAUCGCUGAAAGCCUAUGUGAGCACGGACGCUGGACGGAGAAACUGGGUGGAACUCAUGGGUGGUGACGAUGACAGCCAAGGAACCAGCCUAUGGAACGGGGAAAUCAUCGUCUUUGACGAGGAAAUGGACGAAAGCGACCCACUCGCUCCAACCCAGUCUCCUCAGAGUGGCACAACACCUUCUAGCACUGGAUCAGGUCUCCAAAGUUCACAUCUCUCCUCAACAUCCACUGCGGCGUGGACUCUCCUGACGCUUUUGCGGCCUCUUACUUCGGGUCCUUUGUACUACCUCAAGGGUGGUAUCACAGCCCUGCGACGUUUAGAAGGCAGCGAAGAAGUUGUCGUGUCAGGAGAAUGGGAGAUCGAAGACGAAGAGGACAGUGACGGGAUCGACGAAGGUAGUGACGCUGCAGCAAGUUCCGACGCACAAUCCAGUGUCGCAUUUUCAGUAUCCAAUUCUGGAGGGGAUAAAUCCAGGCCAUCGGUGGAUACUCCCUCUACCGGUACCCCUCAAGCAAAGUCGCUUACGACUCCCAAUCUCAAGCUCCUGGGGUCUCCAAAUCCUCGCGGAACGCCCCAAGGCCUCUCUAUGAUCCGUACAGAUGUCGCAGCAAAGCACCGGCCUCUGCCGGAGAUUGAGCCGCCGACGACCUCGCCAAAGCUCGCGGAUAUGGCUCCAUCCGAAGCAACGCCACAAAAGGCUGCUGAACUUGCCGCGGUGCCUCGUGAUACGACUACCUCCACCGUCAACCUCAAGCCACCGCCUUCUCCACGAAAAGCCAAAACACUCGCUCUUGACCUUAGUUCGCCUGACUCGAGCAAAACGCCGAGGAUGCUCAGCCUUAACAUUCCCGCUGCAAAUUCAGAAAGAUUCAAGCCGCGUCUUGAUGGUGAAAGGCCUACUCAUCAACGACUUCGAAGCGGCGGCAGUGGAGAUGCAGCGCAGGCGGUCAAGACACCUCCGUCUGCGGUUCACCUGAAAUUGGGUGACAAUCGACCAUGGCAGCAGUACGAUGCAGAUGGACGCAAACCUCCGAGCCUGCAAAUCUCCACCAAUGGUCACCAACUCGACACAAGACAAGAAACGAAUCUUCAGCCAACGCGCCCGACACUUGCGAAGCUCGAUGUGACAAGUGCAGAGAGACUAAAGACGCUGGCUCAGAUUGAGGGACGACCGGAGAAACCGACGUUGGGACUCGCCAUUGGUGGCCCUCCUAAAUUACAACUCCGAACUCUGCCAGGACGUUCACAUACGGUCGCCUCUGAUAUGUCUACCAAUCAUCUCUCGACCACGGAUGCAGCAGCAGCUGCUAAGCCUAAACUACGACUUGAUAAGCUCAAUGUGUCGACGAAUCACCAAAGCAAUGUGCUCAUCGUGAACACCCCAUCUAGUCCUGAUAAUUCGACGUCUUUCGCCCGCAGCGAGACCGCCUACUUGCCACCUCCAUCACCCGGAGCGAGCUCGACCCAAUUCAGUGUGGGUGGGCUUUCUGCAGCUCCAGCUAGACCCCGGACUCCAAAGAGUCCGCUGACACCUCUUCUCCCUCCAUCGCCCAUGACUGCCCGACCAAACGAUCCCGACCCAACCUCGCCCACGCCAGUGUUUACCAUCUCGACAAUUUUGCCUGGUUUCUUGUUCUUGGGUCCCGAGCUCGUCAAGGAAGAGCAUGCCGCUGAGCUCGAGAGUCUUGGGGUUCGCCGGAUUCUCAAUCUCGCCAUUGAGUGCGAUGAUGACGCUGGGCUGAAUCUGAAAGACCGGUUCAAAUACGUACGCAUACCGAUGAGGGACACGGUCGAAGAGGUCAACGUGAUGAAGGCUAUGAAAGAAGUAUGCGACAUCAUUGAUGACGCUCGUCUUCAUUCUGCACCGACAUAUGUACACUGCAAGGCGGGGAAAUCGCGUUCAGUCACUGCUGUUAUGGCGUACCUCAUCCAUGCCAAUCACUGGACACUCUCUCGGGCAUACGCAUUUGUUCUCGACCGACGGAAGGGCAUUUCACCCAAUAUCGGCUUUGUCUCCGAGUUGAUGAACUUUGAGGAAGACGAGCUCGGCGGAAAGUCUGUAGGCGUUGUAGGAGCGGCUGGUCAAGUUGCUGGACCAGUUGGGCGACGAAUCAACCAUCGUCACCACCGACAAGCCAGUAAAAACGAUGGGAGCUCGACGGCCCGACGACGUCCUGCCCACCUCCGCGAGAGCAUGCCACCGAUUGUGCAAAGCUACAGUGCAGCUGCAGCCGUCGGCGAGCACGAUACGUUUUCAGGAGGGCUGAGUGGAAAGUAUCCUACAAAUGGUGGACUCGGUCCGAAUGGAGCAGGCGAGUUGCCCAACGGACAACUCAUGAGUGCAGGUCCACUCGGAGGCGCAAAGGGACAUGUGCCUCUGCGUGAUGUCGGCGAGGAGAUGGAAGUGCGCGAUGCAGAAGGUCGGUACCGACAUGCGAGGCGCGCUCCUGUCGACGAGUUGACGCUCCAGCCGGUCCGGAGGGUCAGCAAGGCUGGAUUGGAGACGACGUGGGCGACUGAUUCUUGA